GCCACUUUUAAACUACUUCUUAAGAGCCUAGAACAGAAGACCUCACUCAAUCUUCAUCCUCUACAAUGGCCUCUGCUACAAUUCUCAGGACUUCUUUCCUUCCCAAAAGAUCAGAAUGGUUUGCAGCCAACUCACAUCAGUCGACCUCUCACUUGCAGCCUACUUCUGUGGCCUUCACUGUCCAUGCUGGUGCUUACUCCGACGAGCUUAUCAAAACUGCGAAAAGCGUCGCAUCACCAGGCAGAGGUAUAUUGGCCAUGGAUGAAUCUAAUGCAACUUGUGGAAAGAGAUUGGCCUCCAUUGGUCUUGAAAACACAGAGGCCAACCGCCAAGCUUACAGAACACUCCUUGUCUCUGUUCCAGGUUUGGGACAGUACAUCUCAGGAGCAAUCCUGUUUGAGGAAACACUCUAUCAGUCUACAAUAGAUGGUAAGAAAAUGGUGGAUGUUCUCAAGGAGCAGAAUAUAAUGCCAGGAAUUAAGGUUGACAAGGGACUGGUGCCACUGGCUGGAUCAAAUAAUGAAUCAUGGUGCCAAGGACUGGAUGGUCUGGCAUCUCGCUGCGCAGCUUACUAUGAGCAAGGGGCGCGCUUUGCCAAAUGGCGUACUGUUGUCAGUAUUCCAAACGGGCCAUCAGCACUUGCAGUGAAGGAAGCUGCCUGGGGGUUGGCAAGAUAUGCUUCCAUUGCACAAGACAAUGGUUUGGUUCCUAUAGUUGAACCUGAGAUUUUACUGGAUGGAGAGCAUGGAAUUGAGAGGACCUUCGAGGUAGCCCUGAAAGUGUGGGCAGAGGUUUUCUUCUACAUGGCAGAGAACAAUGUUAUGUUUGAAGGGAUUCUGCUCAAGCCCAGCAUGGUGACACCUGGUGCUGAAUGCAAGGAAAGAGCCACACCAGAGCAAGUUUCUGAAUACACUCUGAAACUCCUUCAGAGAAGGAUUCCCCCUGCUGUCCCAGGAAUUAUGUUUCUGUCAGGAGGCCAAUCUGAAGUCGAAGCAACCUUGAACUUGAAUGCUAUGAACCAAGGAGCAAACCCAUGGCAUGUUUCAUUUUCUUAUGCAAGAGCACUUCAGAACACAUGCCUGAAGACAUGGGGAGGAAGGCCGGAGAAUGUGAAGGCCGCACAAGAAACUCUCCUAGUACGAGCAAAGGCCAACUCACUUGCUCAACUUGGAAAGUACACAGGUGAAGGCGAGUCAGAGGAGGCUAAGAAGGGGAUGUUUGUCAAGGGAUACACAUACUGAGUUCUUGAAUCUAGUAACUUAUGUCAUGGGUUUUGAUGCAACUGUUUUGUCAUAAGAAAAACAACAAUGGAGCAUUUAUAUAUUUGCAA